UGCACCCCGGACGAGUCGGUCGCCGCCGCUCGUCUUUUCGCGUGUGUUGUGGUUUUAAGUGUGCCUAGUGGAAGCUGCGCUGAACCAACACUCCUCUCUACGCAGAUCCGGCUGAGUCCGGCCGCAUAGCGGCCCUUUGGAUUUUGUUUUUUGUUUGUGAGACAAGUGAUCAGUGAAGUGUUAAGUGACAAAGUUAACAUGGCGUGUAUCCCCCUAUUUGCCCUCGUGGCACUGAUCGCAUUGGGAUCAGUGUCAUGCGAGGACGAGACCAUAGGCCCGAUAUUCAUGAAGGAACCCCCGAACCGAGUGGACUUCAGCAACACGACCGGAGCUGUGGUGGAGUGCGCAGCGAGAGGAUCCCCCGUGCCCGAUGUGAUCUGGGUGCGAUCCGAUGGUACUGCGGUUGGCGACGUUCCUGGAUUGCGACAGGUCUUGCCCAAUGGAAACUUGGUAUUCCCUCCGUUCCGUGCUGAGGACUACCGGCAAGAGGUCCAUGCCCAGGUGUACGCUUGUCUGGCCCGCAACCCCGUUGGUACUAUCCAUUCGCGAGACGUUAACGUGCGAGCUGUUGUCUCUCAGGCAUACACAGUCAAUUUAGUGGAAGAAAAUGUAUUACGAGGCAAUGCUGCUAUCCUAAAAUGUCUUAUUCCAAGUUUUGUCACUGAAUAUGUCUCGGUUGCUUCAUGGAUAAUUUCCGAAGGAGAUGAGGAUGGGGAGGAAAUUAAAUUAGAAAAUAGUGUUGAUGCAAUGGACGGAAAAUACUUGGUUUUACCCUCUGGAGAGUUGCAUAUUAGAGAUGUCGGACCCGAGGAUGGUUACAAAUCGUAUCAAUGCCGAACCAAGCAUAGACUUACUGGCGAAACUCGAUUAUCCGCUACUAAAGGACGUCUCGUCAUCACCGAACCAACGAAUAAAAUCGCCCCCCGUAGUGACAAAAGCAGGAAGUUCGAAGGCGGUGAAAUAUUUUUAGUUUCUGCAAGUGAAUCUGUCUAUUUGACCUGCGAGGUAGCUGGCUACCCUGCUCCGACAUUUAGAUGGUACAAGUUUAUCGAUGGCACACCCAGAAAACAACCAGUUACGCUCAAUGAUAGAGUAAAGCAAGUGUCUGGAACUUUGAUCAUUAAAGAGGCUAAAGUUGAGGACUCUGGAAAAUACCUGUGCGUUGUGAACAAUUCCGUUGGUGGCGAGUCUGUGGAAACGGUGCUCACCGUGACGGCCCCACUGAAAGCGACUGUAGAGCCGGCCACGCAGACCGUAGACUUCGGAAGACCAGCCGUGUUCACCUGCCGCUAUGAGGGCAACCCGGUCAAGACCAUCACGUGGCUGAAGGAUGGCAAGGACAUGAAGCACCAUGACCCUGUUCUGAGGAUCGAGUCUGUCAAGAAGGAAGAUAAGGGAAUGUACCAAUGCUUCAUCCGCAACGACCAAGAGAGCGCCGGCGCCAGUGCUGAACUUAAACUCGGAGGACGAUUCGAACCACCCCAAAUCCGCCACAGCUUCGGCGAGCAGACCCUUCGCUCCGGACCCUCCCUUCGUCUCAAGUGCGUCGCAUCUGGCAACCCCACGCCCGACAUCGCUUGGUUACUGGACGGUGAAAAGCUGAGCAGCGGCGAGCGACUUCAGAUCGGGCAGUUCGUGACGGCUGAUGGCAACGUGGAAUCACACCUGAACAUUUCUUCUGUGCACACCAACGACGGCGGCUUGUACUCCUGCAUCGCUUCUAGCAAGGUCGGCAGCGCCUCCCACUCGGCCCGCGUGAAUGUAUACGGUCUGCCCUACAUCCGGCCCAUGAAGAAACGCCCCGUAGUCGCUGGAGAUACGCUCAUCGCUCACUGCCCCGUUGCUGGAUACCCCAUCGACUCUAUUGUUUGGGAGAGAGACGGACGAGUACUGCCAAUCAACCGCAAACAGAAGGUGUUCCCUAAUGGUACUCUGGUGAUCGAAAACGUUGAGCGCAUGAGCGACCAGGCCACCUACACUUGCGUCGCCAAGAACUCCCAGAGCUACACUGUUAAAGGAAAUCUCGAGUUGCAGGUCAUGGUUCCACCGUUGAUACUGCCGUUCAAUUUUGGUGAGAUGCCAUCCAACCCCGGUGAUGCAGUGGUAGUAAACUGUGUCGCCACUAAAGGAGACCUGCCUCUUGACAUCUCUUGGACAUUCAGCAGUGAAACGAUAGAUUCGAGACUUCCUCGAGAUAUCUUAACCAUGCCGCUAGGUCCACGUGCUUCAGCUCUUACCAUCAACUCCGUCAGCGCAAACCACCAGGGAAACUACACGUGCAUCGCGCAAAACGCGGCCGCCCGCGCCGAGUAUGCCGCUACCCUCGUCGUCAACGUUCCCCCUCGUUGGAUUUUGGAACCCACUGAUAAGGCUUUUGCCCAAGGCUCAGAUGCUAAGGUUGAAUGUAAAGCCGAUGGCUUCCCCAAGCCUCAAGUGACAUGGAAGAGGGCUGAAGGGGACACGCCUGGCGAUUACAAAGACCUUAAGCCAAACAACCCUAAUGUAAAAGUUGAGGAUGGCACUCUUACGAUUAAUAACAUUCAAAAGACGAACGAAGGAUAUUAUCUAUGCGAGGCCGUCAAUGGAAUUGGAUCUGGACUGUCUGCUGUUAUCUUGAUCAGUGUUCAAGCACCACCCCAGUUCGAGAUUAAAAUGAGGAACCAAACUGCCCGCCGAAGCGAACCAGCUGUACUUCAAUGCCAGGCCAAAGGAGAGAAGCCUAUUGGAAUCAUUUGGAACAUGAACAACAAGCGCCUUGAACCCAAAUCCGACCCCCGAUACACAAUCCGCGAAGAAAUUCUGCCUGGAGGAGUGGUUUCCGACUUGAGCAUUAGAAGGACUGAACGAUCUGACAGCGCUCUGUUCACUUGCGUCGCUACCAACGCCUUUGGAUCCGAUGACACAAGCAUUAACAUGAUCAUUCAAGAGGUCCCCGAAGCGCCAUACGGUCUGAAGGUAUUGGACAAAUCUGGAAGGACGGUUCAGUUGUCUUGGGCUGCACCUUACGACGGCAAUUCUCCCAUCAAGAAGUUCCUCAUUGAAUACAAACGCGCCAAGGGCAACUGGGAAAAAGAUAUUGACAGAGUUCUUGUACCUGGUGACGCGACUGAAGCCGGUGUAUUCAGCCUGAGACCUGCCACCGCUUACCAUAUCAGGAUCGUCGCUGAGAAUGAACUUGGCACCUCGGAACCAUCUGAAACUGUUACCAUCAUCACUGCUGAAGAAGCCCCAACUGGCCCACCGCAAGACGUCAAAGUCGAUGCCAUUGACAAGCACGCUCUCCGAGUCACCUGGAAACCACCCCCAACUCAGGACUGGAAUGGCGAACUUCAGGGAUACUAUGUUGGCUACAAACUGGCUUCAAGCAACAAAUCAUUUGUAUUCGAGACCGUCGACAUCUCUAAGGAAUCUGGCAAGGAACACCAUCUGGAUAUUCUGAAUCUGAAAACAUACACGCAAUACGCUGUCGUAGUCCAGGCUUUCAACAAGAUCGGAUCAGGACCAGUGUCUGUGGAAGUCCGAGCGUAUACUGCCGAAGGCGCUCCCUCUGCUCCUCCCCAGGACGUUCUCUGCACUACCCUCACUGCCCAAACCAUCCGCGUUUCUUGGAUCUCUCCCCCUCUUGCUGCCGCCAAUGGACUCAUCAAGGCAUACAAAGUUAUCUAUGGACCCAGCGACACCUGGUAUGAUGAGAAGACCAAGGACACCAAGAUCACCGCUAGCAGCGAAACGAUUCUCCACGGACUGAAGAAAUACACUAACUACUCAAUGGAAGUGCUCGCUACCACGAACGGUGGAGAUGGCGUACGAUCCACACCUAUCCAUUGUCAGACUGAACAAGACGUACCCGAGGCACCACGCGCCGUGAAAGCUCUCGUCAUGGGUGAAGACUCUAUCCUUGUCUCGUGGAGGCCCCCAGCGCAGCCCAAUGGUGUCGUCACUCACUACAACGUUUACACGCAAGCACAGAACGCUGAACCACACCCCAACAAGGUGCCCGCAUCCCAAACGAGUUACUCUGCANCGAGCUAUUCUGCUACCGAACUGAAAAAUGGCCGUUACGACUUCUGGGUGACUGCCUCCACAAUCAUCGGAGAAGGACAGCCCUCAGCCACCGCCUCUUGCAGCCCAAGCGACAAAGUUCCCGCUAAAAUUGCUUCAUUCGACGAAUCCUUUACCGCGACAUACAAGGAAGAUGUAAAACUGCCCUGCCUCGCCGUUGGUGUGCCAUCGCCCAACAUCAUUUGGAAGGUGAAAGGCCAGCCCCUGGUGCCGUCAGAACGUGUCCGCCAGCUGCCCGAAGGUUCACUUCAGAUCGCCGGCGUCGCGCGUGAGGACGCCGGCGAGUACUCCUGCCACGUCGACAACCAGUUCGGAACCGAUACCGUCACGCACACGCUCUCUGUUCUUGCGCCGCCCUUCCCGCCUCAGCUGACCGUGGCCUCCUCCUCCGUGUCCUCGCUGACCAUCCGCCUGAAGCCCUCGGAGCAGCCCGAGCAGUCGCCCGCCGCCGGCUACACCAUCCACUACAAGCAGGAGUUUGGAGACUGGGAGACUGUUCAGAUCCCAAGCAACACUGAUACUUACACUCUGGAGAACUUAGUUUGUGGUACCAGAUAUCAACUGUACGUCACGGCAUACAACAGCAUCGGCACCGGCGAAGCUUCAGACAUGGUGGGCGCCCGCACCCGCGGCUCCAAGCCUCCAGUGCCCCGCGCGGCUGACUUCAUCGAGGUGGCCUCUACGUCCGUGACCCUGCACUUCAAGCAAUGGCUGGAUGGCGGCUGCUCCAUGAGCCACUUCGUCGUCGAGAACAAGAAGAAGGGCGCUGUUGAAUGGAACCAGAUCUCCAAUAACGUCAAGCCUGCCAGCAACUUUGUCGUACUUGACCUGGAACCGGCUACUUGGUAUGUCCUGAGGAUCACGGCCCACAACAACGCUGGAUUCAACGUCGCCGAAUACGAAGUCGCUACUCUCACUGUCACUGGUGGAACUAUCGCUCCCCUGCCCGGCAAUAUCGACGGUGACAAGGAACUGCCUCCCUGGGUAAAGGCCUGGCUGGAACCAGAGGUUUUGGUGCCAAUCCUGGCCACAAUCGUGGUAUUCAUCGUGGGCGUCGUGGUGAUCUGCCUGACCCUCGCUCGCAGGAACACGCCCCACCGCCUGCGAGGUCAGAAGGACGGUUACUACGAUGGUGUCUACAACGCAUCCCAAGCGGCUAUGGGCGGCGGCGGAGGCACCCUGGACAAGCGCGGCGGCCUGCGCGACGAGCUCGGCUACAUCGCACCCCCCAACCGCAAACUGCCCCCUGUACCCGGGUCUAACUACAACACUUGCGACCGCGUGAAGAGACAGGCUGUCAUCAUGGGCGCGCACUCCACGUGGGACCCGCGCCGCCACCACUACGAGCGCGUGCGGCGCCCGCGCAUGCGCCGCGCCGGCUCCGGCGACACCGUGUCCAUAGGCAUGGAGGACGAGAUCUGCCCGUACGCGACCUUCCACCUGCUGGGCUUCCGCGAGGAGAUGGACCCCAGCAAGGCGCUGGCCUUCCCGCACCACCACCCGGCCCACGCCGGCACCCUGGCCCACCCCCACCCCCACCACCCCGCUCACUCCCGCGCCGGAUCUCAAAGCAUGCCCCGUGCCAACAGCCGCUACGCCCGCAAGAACUCGCAGGGAGGCCAGAGCGCCAUCUACUCCACCGCGCCCGAGUACGACGACCCGGCCACCUGCGCUGAAGAGGACCAAUACCGCGCCCGUUAUUCCCGCCCCAUGUACGCCUGCGGACCCGAGUACGAUGAGCCUGCAUGCUGCGCGCCCGAGGAUGAGCAAUACACUGGCGCUUAUGGAACCCCCUACUCCGACCACUAUGGAUCCCGACCCAGCAUUGGAACCCGCAAGUGCGGCGGCUCUCCCGAGCCUCCUCCACCACCGCCGCGCAACGCUAACACCGACAACAACUGCUCCUCGUCCUUCAACGAGAGCAAGGACUCCAACGAGAUCUCCGAGGCCGAGUGCGACCAGCCACGCAACUACCCCGUAAGGGCCCACACUGCCAAGGACGGCUUGCACAGCGAGGAAAUGAGGAAACUCAUUGACAGACCAGAAGCAGCCACCCCAAUCCCCCAGCAAGCAGUCCACGGGCGGGGACUCACAGCCUACGAUACUGUGGCAGUGUAACCUGUAAAGGGUCACGCGACCACGCCGCGGCACACGGCCACACCUAGCUUUCAUUUGUGAACCUCCCGUUUACGGAACGUCGCUCCCUCGCUGAAGCAAUCGUCCGCUUAUUACUACACUCUCGUUCGCAUCGUAGCUUUUAUUUUCGCGCUCUUUCAAACUACUUUACGCCAUUUUACCAGCGACAAAUUGCAUCAGCGAGGCAGCGACCCGCGUGCCAAAAAUGUUAUUUCAGUUUUGUGUGCCGCCCUUUGUGUUGCUGUUUUUUUUACAUUUAUCCCAACUUAGUUGGCUGGAUUUCUUUUUAGUUUUUAACUUGAACGCGCACAUUUGUGCCAUAAACGAACGCAUGACCCACGAGUGGGCCUAGGUUGUCUGUAGUAAACAUGCCGAUGAGUGAUUUGUAAAAUUAAAGUAUAUCCAAUCCCUUGUAGACCCCAACGCGUCGUAGUCGUACCAAAAUUCCGAAAAUGAUGGUUGUGGUAGUUAUUUCAAAUUGAUAAAUUAUUAUAAUGACUUUAUUAAUGUGACGCGUUAAAACCAUAUAAUCACAAUUAUAUCGCUCGCAAAUUGGCAUAUUCACUAUAGAUAAAAUCCGUACCCUUCUCAGUGGAUUGGUACGUUACUGUAGUUAACCUUUUUUGAUCUUAUUUGUUUAGCUUAAUUUAAAGAAAGUUUCGAAGGAAAGCUGCUUUGGGGUGAUGGAUAAGGAAUCGAUUUAAAUUAAGCUCAACAUGUAAUAAUGUGAUAUUUUGUAUUUUUAUCCCAUUUUAAUUUGUAUUUUGAUAUACUAACAUGAUUGUUAUUUAUAUUUUGUGUAUGUGUAGAACGAUAAUUUUAGACUAAACGACCUUACGGUUGGAAACAAUGCUUCCUUUUUUACAAGAUGUUAUGUACGGUUUUCAUAAUGCUUUUACCGACCUAGCUUUAUUUUUUCGGCGUAAUAUUUUUCAUUGUUUUUUUGCACAUAACACUACAUAGGCUAAGAAUAGGCGUAAGAUUAUUCUAGUAAUUAAUCAACUCUUAUAAAAUACCUACUAUAUAAUCCGUAGCUAGUUAGUAACAUGUGUUAUGCAAUUAAAGUAUAUUAAAAUUAAUCAAUGUUAGUUAUACCGUAAACCGUAUAACAGGACACGCCCGUACCAUAACACAAAAGUUACCUAAUGAAAUGUAAUAUGGCCGGGUUGAAAUCGAUAAUAUCAUCCAAAACGUAAUAGACUAUACUACAGACACGGAAUUUAAAUGCUUUUUAAUAUUACUCUAGAAUAAUAAGGUGCAUUUUUAUUACUCAUAAUCGUAAUUUUACCCUCUAUAUAGUAAACUAUGCAAGUGACUAGGUGUAAGACACGCGCGUGUCGUUUUCUAGAUGUUUCCCUUAUAUGUUGUGCAUCGUCGUGUAAGCUUUGCAAGUAGGCGUAGUUAGGUUCUCGCGACUUCCUAGCAACAGGUAUCUUCUCUUAACCUUCCAAUUAGAAAAUUCUGAAUAUAAUUAGAUAAAAAUUAUAUUGAACAAAUUAUGUAAUAAUGAAUUAAAAUUCAAAAUUAUAACUAGCUAUUUGAUCGAAAUUAAGAAAAAAUACCGUAAGCUGAAUAAUGCUGGAAUUAAAUAUAUUCUGAGUGUUUUUGAUGGUUUUUGCUCGUAUAAGGUAUGUUUGGUUUGCUAAUAGUUGCAAAUUACGUUAUCUUCAAUAUUACGCAAUGUCAUAUUGCUAAACCGCAGCUAACUGUUUGUACCAAAGUGUUUGAUUUGUGUUGAAUAAAUUAUUCAAAUGUCAACUACAAAA